AGACAACAACGAUAUGUUGGGCGAAUAUAAGUAAUGACUCGCCUUCCUCCUUCUUCCAUACAUUUUAUGGACGCUUCAAAAGAACCUGGAUUAUUAUCACCAUCCUCAUACGAAAGGGAUGUUAUCGAGGCGUUCUCCACUAAAAGUGAUAACCUUAAAGUUCAAGUGGUUGAGAAAGGUGGCUUAUUAUAUACCUUGAAUAAUUCGACUUUAGACUUGUGCAGAACUUUGGAGGAGAGAGGUUAUUUGGCCAAAGUCAAGGUCGAUAUUAUCCGUUGUUCUGAUGUUCCUACUCCACUACUAAGUUUGAUGAAUCCACCAACUGGGGAGACGCUAAUAUCAAAGCGGUUAUUUUUACAAAAGUUCCAUUUCAUUGUAGCUAAACAGUAUAAGGGUGCGGCGCCCAAGGGAUAUCAUCGUGUACCGAAAGACGAUGAAAAGGAAGACGCAGGUGAUGAUAAUGAAAAUGAAGAUGACGACGACAACGACGACGACGACGAUGAUGAUGAUGACAGUGAUGGCAGCUUUACCAUAUCCGAUUCGGAAGCGGAAUUCGAAGAUUCAGAUUUCAACGGAGAAUUAUCAACUGGGGAAGACAAUGGAAGCGAAAACGAUUCCUUACUAUGA